CGUGAUGUGUAGGAGAUGAGGCUGGCUCUGGUGUUACUGUGGCUGGGCGCGGCGGCCGCCUGCGGCCCGGGCCGAGGCUUCACCAACCGCCCGGGGCCGCGGCACCGUCUCUACCCCCUCGUCUUUCGUCAGCACGUGCCCAACAUCAGCGAGGAGAACGGCCGCGCCAGCGGCCCCCCCGAGGGCCGCAUCAUCAGAGACGAUGAAAAGUUCAAAGACUUAGUGCCUAAUUAUAAUCCGGACAUCGAUUUCAAGGAUGACGAGGGUACGGGCGCAGAUCGCCUCAUGACCCAGAGAUGCAAAGAGAAGCUAAACACGCUCGCGAUCAGCGUGAUGAACCAAUGGCCGGGUGUCAGUCUGCGGGUGAUCGAGGGCUGGGACGAGGAGGGCUCGCACUGGGAGCACUCCCUCCACUACGAGGGGCGAGCCGUGGACGUGACGACGAGCGACCGCGACCGCAGCAAAUACGGGAUGCUGGCGCGGCUGGCGUAUGAAGCUGGCUUCGACUGGGUGUUCUAUGAGAGCCGGUCGUACAUACACUGCUCGGUUCGGACAGAAUCUUCAAGCGGCAUGGGAGCCGGCUGUUUCCCGGGCGGCUCGGUGGUGCACACGCCGGAGGGCGCUCGAGAUAUCGGCACCCUGCGGAUAGGGGACCGAGUGCUCGCUGCCGAUGACAGCGGCAAGAUGGUGUACUCGGAGGUUGUAACAUUCAUCGACCGCGAUCCAAACGCGACUCGAAGUUUCAUAGAAGUGACAGCAGAGAACGGCGUAGCGAUCACGGCUACUCCGUCGCAUCUGCUUCUGCUGGCGGCCGCGGACGGCUGGCGGGAGGCGUUCGCGGGUGACGUGCGACCGGGCGACGUGUUACUCACGCGCGGCACCGGCGGCGUCAUGCGGCCGUCGCGCGUGACGCACACCCGACCCGUGCACAAGCGCGGCGUGUUCGCGCCGCUGACGAAAACGGGCACGGUCAUAGUCGACGACGCGCUGGCGUCCUGCUACGCCGUAGUCAAGAGCCACUCGCUGGCGCACGCCGCCAUGGCGCCGCUCCGCUGGACGGCCGGCUGGAGCUCCGCCGACAGCCCCCGGGGCGUCCACUGGUACGCCAGCGCGCUCUACUACGUCGGAGACGUCGUGUUACCGUCGUCGUACUCCUACCAUUGAUAUUGUUAAGUGAAAGUGGAACUUGCCGCGUCGCACGCGGGUCGUGCACCGCUCGGACGACUGUAAAUAGAACCCAGUGUAAAUACCCCGCCAUUGUAAAUAUAUUCGACUAUAGAAAUGUUCGACAACGAUUUAUAUAUGUAUCCGAUAGGAAUUAAUUUAUUAAGUAGUCUUAGGACGUAAGUUGAGAUCGCAUAGGUAUUAUUUAGUUCAAAGUUUUGAAUAUUUGUAAAUUGUGUCGGUAUUGUUAUUCUGCACAAUGCGGAAAUAAUUAAAUGUAUGCGCUUAUGUCUUUUUAAGUAUUUACCAGAUAACUGUAAGUGAAAGAGUUAAAGAUGUAAGGUGCGGACUAAAGUUAUGUUUCGUUAGCGAUUCCGGCAAUAGUUUGGCUUGUUCAGUCGGCCGUCCGAUCAUCACUGUUGUGAUGCUGUUCUCCGACUGUCUCUUGUUAGUGAACAUUCCAUGCUUUUAAUCGUGUGGCUUGCUAACAUAGGUGGAUCGAUCACAGAUUUAAGUCUUGAAUGUGUCGUAGCAUAUUAUUUAUGCCUAUAUCUUCACAAUUACGUACUCCGUCAUAAUUUUUCGUGGAUUCCAGGAAGUUUGAUAUCCUGCGACACAAUUUUUCUUUGCCGCGCCUUUAAGUUGAGAAAUCGGAAUCACUAAAGUCCGUCUAGUUUAACAACCCAUGAAUAUUGAAUACGCGUCCUGAGCACUAUUUGCGAAUAUGAUAGCUAUACGUUAAGUUUCAGUUUCCUAACUUUCGAAAACUCGAGAGAAGUUGGACGUUGUUUAGUUUGUGUCUUAACUUAUUGCACGAACAUCAUUAGAAAAUGAUAAAAUUGUGAUCUUGGUACCUAAAACAGUGCCUUAAGAUUUAUUUAUUGUUAUUUAUAAGCUUCUUAUUUAUAAAUUGACGAUAACUAAUAGAUUUAACUAAAACCUAUCCACCUUAACUUAUUUUCGCAUGACAUGUUUUCCACUUUCCUAUCUUAAUUUAUUUUUCUCUCGAUUCUUCAUUAAUUUAUGCCUCUCUUUUGUUGAUACACUUUUCGUUUCAAAUUAAAUGUUUGAUUAUGCCUUAUUUUAUACAUCUAACGUUUAUUGUGGUUCGAGUUAAAUUCAUGCUUGUCAAAUCUAUGAAAUAUUUAGGGGUGUAUCUUAGCUUUAGCUUCCUUUUGUAUAAGUAAGCCGUUGCCAACUGAUGUUACAAACGCGUUGUCAACAAGUGCCGUUUGUCAAUGGCUACAGAUCGUAUCAAAGAUCGUGAACUGAUGUUUGGGUUCCUAUAGUUUGAUUUAGUAAAAUGUUGUUCGUUGGCUGGCAAUACUGUUUAG